AUGGCAGCGGGUCAUACGGUUGUACUGUGGUGUUGCGGCGAUGCGGCCUGCGGUAUGGGCACCGUGGCAGGGGCAGAAAAGCAGAAAAGAAUACAGGGUCACAGGUUAAACGCGAUCGACUACCAGUACGCGUUUCAUUACGAAGUGAAAAAGCCGAUCAAGAAGGUCAAGAAGGAGAUCAAGGAGAAGAGCAAGUCCAAGACGGAUGAAAAGACCGCAGGAGGGAUCCAGCAUGACGAUAAAGGACAACCUUUCUUAGCGUUAUCGGAUUAUCGCAGAGUCUCAAUCUCUAAAUUCCAAGACAAAACCUUGAUCGAUAUCCGAGAGUACUACAAAGACAAAGGAUCGGGGGAGAUGAAGCCCGGCAAGAAAGGUAUUUCUCUCACAUGCGAGCAGUGGGAAUCUUUUAAAGGAAACAUCAGCUCUAUCGACAAGAUGUUAUCCGACCAAACCUAA